UGGGUUACAUUUUACUUGAAAAUGCAAUUACACUCUAUUUUCCUCUCCCUCUCUUUUGAAAACUAGGGAAUUUUUGUGGUAAUAUAUAACUCAUUAAACGGAAGUACUCAUCAAUGAAGCGAAAUGAUUAUUAAAUAUUUUAUUUCGUUAAAAUAAUUCUGUACAUGUUUAUGUAAAAGCCAGCAGAGAAUUUCAACGUACGGUCGAAUUGUCCACUUCGCGUUUUUGGUGUUCGUAUUGUAUUGUUGUCUUCGUAAUGUGAGGACAAAUUUGAUUUCAGGAUAAAAAUAAAUCCGAGAUGUCAGUCCAUUAUAAGUUUAAGUCUACAUUGGACUAUGAUACAGUUUCUUUUGAUGGACUUCAUAUUUCUGUGGCAGAUCUUAAGAAAGCUAUUUUUCAUCAGAAACGUAUUGGAAAAAAUACUGAUUUUGAUCUACAAAUAACAAAUGCUCAAACAAAAGAAGAUUACACUGAUGAUAAUGCAUUAAUAGCAAAGAACACUAGCCUUAUUGUUGCUAGAGUUCCAUUAACAAUUCAGCAAAAAAGAUCUUGGGAUCGAAAUGAAACACCUCCAUUCAGUAAUUUAAAAGAUGAAGCCAAUUUGGGACGUACCGUAGAUCUUACUAGGCUUGAUGGAUCGGAGGAAGAUAAAAUUCGAGCUAUGAUGACUCAAUCGACUCAAGAUUAUGAUCCGUCAAACUAUAUGAAAAUACGUGGUGCAAAUCAAACAGGAGAUGUACCUACAAACUAUCGUUGCUAUAAGUGUCAUCAACCUGGACAUUGGAUAAAAAAUUGUCCUCUUGGUACGAACCAAGAGCCAAUUGAAAUUAAGAAGAGUACAGGAAUUCCUAGGAGCUUUAUGGUACCAGUUGAAGGCCCGUUAGUACCAGGUGCAAUGAUGACACCUACAGGGCAAUAUGCUGUUCCUGCUAUUGAUCAUCAAGCAUACAAAGAAGGUAAAAAAGAAAAACCACCAUUUUCUCAAGACCCUGAGCCUAUCGUAGAAAAGUUAGAAAUACCAGAAGAUCUACUAUGUAACAUUUGUAAGGAUUUAUUAACCGAUGCAGUAAUGAUACCAUGCUGUGGGAAUUCUUUUUGUGAUGAAUGUAUUCGAACAUUUUUAUUAGAAUCUGAAGAACAUGAAUGUCCAGAUUGUAAUGAAAAAGAUGUUUCACCAGAAACGCUCAUACCAAAUCGAUUUUUACGUAAUGCAGUAAUGAAUUUCAAAAAUGAAACUGGAUAUGCUAAAAGGCAGACAUAUAGACCUGUUCCAAUUAAUCAACCGGCAGUGCAACCAGAACCACCAAAAGUUGAAAUACAACCAUCUACUGUACAAGUUACUGGUCAACCUAAAGGUGCUCAAACAUCUGGUGCUGGUAAUACAUCGGCAGAAUAUGUUGAACCAUCUGUUAAUUUUGAAUCUUUGCCACAACAAUUACCAUCCACUAGCGCACAACCACAAACCACAACACUUCCUGAAUCAAAUUCUGAAUCAGAUUUACAAAGCGAUUCGGUAACAAAAUUAACAACCGACGAAGAAGCAGAGGUCCCACCGCCACCAGGAACAGAACCAUUGUUACCUAUUCCUGCUAUUGGUAGUUCACCAGAAAGAGAUUGUGAACGAAGUGAUCCUCCUAGUCGUGAUAAAAAAGAUCGUGACAAUGACUAUAAUAGUGGAGAAAGACAAUCAAGAGAAAGACGAAGAAGUUUUAGUAGAGAUGGUCAUCGUGAAAGAAGUGGAGAACGUGGCCGCAGGAUGGAAAAUUUACGGACAGUGAGCCGUAGGCGAUCUUUAUCACCUAGACACUCUCAACACAGUGAAUAUUCAUCUCAGGGAACAACAUUACCACCACAUGUAAUGAAUCAACCUCCUUCUAAAAAUUAUCAGGGAAUGCCACCAGAUGAUGGACAUUACUCAUCCACUAUGCAUUAUGAUAGUGGAAUGCGAAGAUCAACAGAAGAUCGACCUGGAACUCCAACUGUUGAUGAACCCCAUUUACACGUUCCUGCUUCCGGAAAUCAACCACCUCUAUUACCAUUCCCACCGGGGGAAGAUCGCAUUCCACAACCAAAUUAUAAUCAGCCUCCACCUAAUGCACAACCACAUAAUCCUCCACUUCUACCAGAUCCAUAUAUGACACAUCGUAUACCAAUUUAUCCUCAUCAACAAGGCUCUCAUUAUGGUCCACCAAGGUAUGAAAGACCACCUUAUCAGCAACCAGGAUACAGACCAUCUCAACCACCACGUAAUUUUAACGGGCCACCAAGACCUCUUCGUGGAUUACAUCAUAUUGGAUAUAGGGGAAUACAACCACCACCACCAGGAUUGGGGAGAAAUGUACAUAAUGGAAAUCCACCUGGUAUUAUUGACGAUCCAUUGGAGGCGUUUGAGAGAAUGCUUAGAGAGAAAGAUGAAAGAGAUAGAAGGCUUGGAAAACAUAGGAGAAGAAGUAGAACACGAUCAAGAUCUCGUAGCUACACCAGAUCUAGAUCACGUUCUUUUAGUCGUAGAUCGCCAUUUACGGGUCGUAUAAGUCGAUCUCGAAGUCCUGCUAAAAGAAGAUCAUCAAGAUCUCCAUUACCAUUAAGAGGACGUAGUCGUACUCCGAAACGUAGAUCAAGAAGUGGCAGUUUCUCUAUUAGCAGAUCAAGAUCAUAUUCACGAAGUCAAUCUCCUAGAUUGUCUAUUCCCCGAGAUAGAGAUAGAGAUCGGGAUAGAGAUCGGGAUAGAGAUCGGGAUAGAGAACGAGAUCGUGAUCGUGAUCGUGAACGAGAUCGAGAUCGAGAUCGAGAUCAAAUACUACCCAGAUAUAGAUCGCCAUUAAGAUCACCUCCAAGAUUUCAAAGAGAUCGAGAUCGUGAAAGAGAACGUCCUCGAUCACGAGAACCCCGGGAUGGAUACAAUAGUUAUUAUAAUGAAUCUCCGGCGCAUGAAUAUCAGUUCAGAGAUCGAGAGCGUGACUUACCACCUAGAGACAGACCAGUAUCUAGAUAUCCAAUAAGAAAUCAACCAUCCCAGCAUAACAUACCGCCGUUGUUGCCUCAUCUAGUCACUGGAGGUCACCCACCACCACUUAUGUCAUUGGGACCUCCACCUUCGGACAGGAAAGACUAUUAUGAAUCCUACAACAGAUAUUCCGGACCUUCUCAACGUUUUGGUAGUCCACUUCGAGAUUCAUCUCAUAAACGAUUUGAUGAUGUUGCACCACCAGGAACCGAAGGUUAUUAUGAUCUUUCUCCUCCAGGUGUUGAACAUUUGGAUAGACCUUUACGAGAAGAUCGCGAAAGAACUCGUAUAUUAAGAGAUCAAGAGGAUCGUGAACAUUCAUUAAAGGAUCAUGAUACUGAAGAUCGUGAUAGAUUGGCAUUUAGAGAUGACAGAGUUCGUGAACGCGAUGAUCGUACAAGAGAAGAUAGAGAUAGAAGAAUUGUAAAUAGAGAACGAGAAGAUCGUGAUAGACCAGCAUUACCAAGAGACCAUGAUGACAGAAUACGAGAAAAAGAUGAUCGAGAUAGACGUGAAAAAGAAAAAGAUCGCGAUGAUAGACAUCCUCGUGAUCGACGUGACGAAGAUAGACACGUAGAAAAGAAAGAUUAUGAUAAAGAUCGUUACAGAGAUGAAAGAGAUCGUCACAGAGUUGAAGACAAAAAUCGUAUUCGAGAUAAAGAUAGACGUGAUCGAGAUUAUGAUCCUGAAAAAGAUCGGGAUCGUCAUGAUAGAUAUGAAAGGCGAUCCACAGAAAGAAAGAAGAAUAGGAAGAGUCCAACUCCCUAUUUGCAAAAGUGCAAAAGCGAAGCAAAAGAUACAUCGCCUGAACGACUGAGAAAGAAAGAAAAAGAGCAUGAAGAAAAAAUAGAAGAUAAGAAAAAAGAAAAGAAAAUAAAAGAAAAGAAAAAGAAGAAAGAUAGCGAUGAAAAAGAAAAGAAGAAGAAAAAGAAGAAGGAAAAGAAAUCAGGGCAAAAGGAGGUAAUGAAAGAGGAGCCAAUUAAAAUGACGGAAAAUGAGGAUACUACGUUUAUAGAAAGUAAACCAGAAGUUACUUCACCUGUUAAAAUUGAAACUGUAAAACCAAAUAACGAAGAGGAUAAUAUAGAUAAUAGAAUUGAAUGUAUACCUAAUGAAUCCAUAGUUUCUUCAAAAGAAGAAUUUGAAGAUAAAUCUUUAGCUAUGAAUCCAGAACCACCUGAAUAUAAUGAGCCUAGUCCAGAAAGAUUGGAACACACAGAAUUUGGUACAAAUCCACCCAAUCCUAAUUUUAAACCCAUACCUGAAUUAAAAUCAGAUAUUAAACCAAUAGAUAAUCUUUAUAGUGGUUUGGAUGACACAGAAAUAAAUACAGUAAUUACAGAAACAUAUACUUUAUUAUCAGAAAAUGAAGUAGAGGAUAAAGAGACUACUAUAUGUGAAGAAAAAUCGCCAAAGAAAGAUGAAUUUUUAGCCCCUGUACCAGAACUUUCAAAGUGGGAAAGAGAUGAUACAAUAGAAAAAUCUGACGAUGUAUGUGAAUCUCCUACGGACAAAAUGCAAGUAGAUGAACCAAAAUCAAUGAAAGUAGUUACUUCGGAAGUUUUAAAAAGAGCUGAAAAUGCCAUAUUUCAAAAAGCUAUUAAUGCGAUAAGACCAAUAGAAAUAAAAAAGAUUAGCGAGAGUAGAAAGAUUUUAUAUCAAAAUCCAGAGCCAAAAGUACUUGAACCAGAACCAACUAGAGAACAGCGAAAAAGUGUUAAUGUAACUAUUAAUGUUGGUAGAAAUGAAAGAAAUGUAGAAAUUACAGAACCUUUGAAAAAAGCAAAAAUCGACAGAACUAAAUUUAAACCAGUCCCAGAGACUUAUUCUCCAACGCGUUUAUCCGCUAAGGAGAGACUUGGAGAUAAAGUCGAAGAUAAUAAAGAGAGAAAAAUUAGUCCUAUUAAAAGCUUUUUAGAUAGACGAGAAACGAAAAAUGAAAAUCAGUCUAGAAGUCGAUCUCCAAAAAGUACAAGAGAUAAAAGAAUAUCACCACUUAUGGAGAGAAGAGUUGAUUCUUCAUUAGGUAUACCAAGUACUGAUCGUAAAGUAUUUCUCGAAGAAAGAAAACGAGAUAAAGAAAGAGGUGAACGUUCAAGAGAUAGAAAUGAUUUCAGACAUGAGAGGCAUGAAUUAAGAGAUACGAGGAUGGAUUCAAGGCAAGAUUUUAGAUCGAAUAGAAGUGAAACAAAAGGAGAACGAUCAGAUAAAGAUAGGGAGAAAGAUCGAGAACGAGAAAGGAGAGGUAGAACACCUCCAUCUGUAUUUAAAAGAAACGAAGUACCUAAAGUGGGUCUUGGUAAACCUAAAGAUGAUGAAGAUGAUAGAAGAAGAGAUAAAAAAGUAAGAGAAGAUAAAAAGAGAAAGAAGGAACAUCGUAGUCGUAGUAAAUCGAAAGAACAUAAGAAACGUAAAGAAAAGAAACAUAAGAAGGAUAAAGAUAAAAGUCAAGAAAAGAAACAAAAACAUAGAGAAAAUGUCAUUUUGAAAGAAAAAGUUGAAACAAGUGAAAAUAAAAUUAAUUAUGAGAAUCCAGAACCUCCUCUUAUAGAAUCUUUAAAGAAACAAAGAAAGAAUCCUAGACUUGUCUCUGAUCGUAAACGUAGCAUACUAGAUGAAUCUAGUUUUGAACCUGAUUACUCUGCAUCUGAUUCUGAAUCUGAGACCGAAGACGGCAAAAUUAUAAAUUUACCUACUAAAAAAUUGAAACUUGAAGAAUCAGAAUUAGAAAAGGAUAUAGAUAUAAAAUCCUUGAAAAAAAGAUCUAAAUCUACUAGUAGUGAAGAUACAUCUAGUAGUUCUGAAAGUACGAGUUCAGAUACUGAUAGUUCUGACGAAUCACAUAAAAAGAAGAAAAAGAAACAUAAGAAACAUAAAAAAAAGAAAUCAACUAAAAAAGAUAGUAGCUCAGAAUCUGACAGUUAUUCUGAUUCAUCUGAAACAAGUAGUGAUGAGGAAAAACACAGAAAAAAAUCAAAAAAAUCAAAAAGCAGAAAUAAACAAUCUAAGAAGAAGAAAAAAUCGAAACAUAAAUGACAUCAUUAGUUAAUUUGGCAACUACUGAUGAGAUAUUAGUAAAGAUUUUUUUCGUUGAUAUAAAUAUCUUUUAAAAUUAAAACAUGCAUUGACAAUUGCGUAAAUUAUUGACGAAAGUGACAAAAGUGCAUUGUUCUCUGCAUAUCCAUGAACUUUAAUAGAUAACUGCUUUUUGCUUUAUGCAUAUAAUAUUAAUACGAAGUUCAAAAGUUAUAUUUGGGCUUUAAGAUUAAUAUUAACUAUACAAAUUAUCAAUGAAUUAUUUAUUAACGAACAAAUUUUAUGAUCAUAACGAAUUUAUGAACAUAUACAGAAUAAAUAGAAUAUUAUAUUUACAAAAGAAGCAUUUCCUUCUAUUUGGUAAUAUUAUAUGGCCUUUAAGUAAUUAUAUUCUGAUUUCAAUAUUAAAACCUUAUAUCAUUUAUAAGACGAGAUGUACAUUAUAGCUGUCAGUAGCUUAUAAUAUUCUUAAGAUUUCCAAUAAUGGUAUUGCUUAAGAAAACCUAUCUUUAAGAUUUCUGCUAUCUAAAUGUUAUAUUGUACUUUCAUAAUGUGUAAUAUCUCAUA